AUGCCAUGGCAUAAUGAAGCAUUGGUUGUAUUUGGUCAAACCGCUCGAGAUGUUGCAAGACAUUUUAUUCAACGCUGGAAUAUUCAUAAAUGUGAAACAUAUCUGAAAAAUGAUUCUUAUCCAUUUCUAUUACCUAAGUCUUAUGAUGAUGUUGAAGACUUAGCUGUUGAAAACUGGAGUGAUUUUCUUGAAAGUGAACCGUUUCGUGUAAAUGCUCAGUGUGUUCGUUCAGUUGGACCAUGGUCAGCGGGAACGAAAUCAGAGGAAUCAUCGAUUCAUAAUAUUUAUAUACAAAUGAUUGAUGCUGCCAAACAUUUUAUAUAUAUUGAAAAUCAAUUCUUUAUUACUAUUGCUCAAGAUUCAGUAGUUCGAAACCAAUUAGCUAAUGUUCUUCUUCGACGUAUAGAACGAGCACAUAACAAUGCUGAAAAAUUUCGUAUUCAUGUUGUUCUUCCUCUUCUACCUGGUUUUGAUAACACGAAUGCUGUACGAGCUGUACUCUAUUUUAUUAUGUGUUCAAUUACUAAGGGUGAUAAUUCAUUAUUUAAACGCCCUGAAAAUGCAGGUAAAUGA